GUGGUGUGCUCAGUGGGCAGGGCCCCUCCCCUGGGCUGGAUCCGCCUCUCUUAUCCCCCAGAUAAAUUACUAGUGUCCUCACUAAAUUCCUCGGCUUUCUCGCUCCCUCUUUCUCUCCCUCUCUCACAAUCUCCCUCCCUCAGGCACAGGCAAAGCAGGGUUGGGGGGCGGGAGGGCGGGGAUCCUUUCUGGACUGGUAUCGUGCCUUAGUCCUGGGCAGGGAGGGAAGGGGAGGAAAAUACUGGCACCCCUUCUCUCCUACACGGCCUUGAAAUAGAUUCAAGGAGCUGCUCUUCCUCCCCCCCUCCCCCUUUCCUGCUGGUCGUUUGGCAUCUUCCAGACCAUGUCCACUGGGUCCCUCAGCGAUGUAGAAGAUCUGCAGGAGGUGGAGAUGCUGGAAUGCGAUGGCCUGAAAAUGGAUACUAACAAAGAGUUUGGGGCGUCCACCGAGAGCAACGAGGAGGGAUCCAAUGGCGAGAAUGGCUCCCCUCAGAAGGGGAGAGGGGCCUCGGGCAAGAGGAAAAAAGCUCCCCCCAAGAAGAGCCCUUUAAAUGGAGUGAGCCAGGAGGGAAAGCAGGUACAGAGAAAUGCUGCCAACGCCAGGGAGAGGGCAAGGAUGAGGGUCCUUAGCAAAGCCUUCUCCAGGCUUAAGACCACCCUGCCCUGGGUGCCCCCAGACACCAAACUUUCCAAACUGGACACCUUGAGAUUGGCCUCCAGCUACAUUGCUCACCUGAGGCAGAUCCUGGCCAAUGACAAGUAUGAAAACGGCUACAUCCACCCAGUCAACUUGACUUGGCCUUUUAUGGUAGCCGGCAAACCCGAGAGUGACCUGAAAGAAGUGGUGAACACAAACCGCUUGUGCGGCCCGACGGCAUCUUGAGCCCCGCGGCCGGGCCAGCAGCGUCCGUCCCGGCGCGGCCGGGGAGCGGGCAGGGACCCGCCGCGGCCCCGCCGCUGCCCCGGGCCCCGGGCAGAGCCAUGGGGAGAGCCGCUCUCCCGGCGCAAAGGAGACCAAAUGUGCCCUAGCAAAGACUCCAUCCACCCCGAGAGAUCCCGACUCUAUUUAACUUUAUUAAAUGCGUGUACAGUCGAGUGUCCUGCAACCACAGCCUUGCUGGUUCAAGCGCUACUAGAGAAAAGACAGAGAUCAAACAAAACCUACCACGCGUGUAUCUUUUGUCUGAGACCUGUGAAAUAUGUAGAUGCCUAGAAAAACUGACUUUGACAGUCAUCUCUAUGAAGUAAUUCAACCUAAAGAUAUACAGAUAUAUUUUCUUCAAGCAGGUUCUGCUCUAUUUCUGUGAAUAAACCUUCCUUUCUACUGAACACGGAGCGGUGGAAAUGUUCGUUUGCGACUCUCGGGCUCGCCGGGGUAAGGACUGCGCCUCCGCUGCCUCCGCCG